UUGAAUGGAUCGCAGCAGUUACCAUCGCUGCAGGGACAGCUGUAAUUGGAUACCUAGCUUACAAAAGAUUCUAUGUUAAAGAUCAUCGCGGUAAAUCUAUGGUAAACCUUCACAUCCAGAAAGACAACCCUAAAGUAGUACAUGCUUUUGACAUGGAGGAUUUGGGAGAUAAAGCUGUGUACUGCCGUUGUUGGAGGUCUAAAAAGUUCCCAUUCUGUGACGGGUCUCACACAAAACACAAUGAAGAGACUGGGGACAACGUGGGACCUCUGAUCAUCAAGAAAAAAGAAACUUAAUUGGACGGUUUUGACGCUACAAGUCAACUCGUUGUGAUGUUGCCUGAUGGCUUAAUCAGAGUGGCUAGCACUUCUGUCUCACUCCCCUCCCCUGGAUUCUAGCUGUGGUGUGUUGCAGACUUCAGCUUUCACGUUCAUGGCAUUUGCCUUACUUGUUGAAACAUCGUGGUGCACAUUUGUUUAAACAGGAAAAAAAAGAGGAAAAAUCAAUUUCAUGGCUUGUGGGUUAUUUUAGUAUUGACAGGAUCCAUUUCUUUACAUUUAAAAUAAUGGUAUUAGAAUAUAGCUGUAUCUUGAAGUUAACAUUAAAUUAUUCUCAAAAUCAUGUAUAUGCAGAUCUUACUUGUUUCAAAGAAAAACAGUUCCCUUUUCAUGUUACUUCGUUAACCUAGAAGAAAAAUAGGGUAUGAUUACUCUACAUUAAUUUCUUAACACAAUCUAAGAAAAACCUGUUAGGACCUUGCUUUUCGUCUUGCAAUGGUAAUGACAGUAAGAAAAUGUGGUUUCUGUGUUUUCAAAGUUUUCAGUCAGAAUAGACUGUGAGUGUUUAUUUUAUUAUAAAUCAUCCAGGUCAGUAAUAAAGGGGAAGCAACUUCGUGUUCAUCUUCAUGGAUGUUAAAUUGAUCGGUUCAGGAACCAGUAGUGGAACUUUAGAUCACAGUGAUGAUAGAUUCCAAAGUGACCACGAAGAGUGUCUUUAGAUGUAAUUUCCAGGAUGCUGGCCCAAGGAGCGGUCAGCCCUCCAAGCUGAGGACGUGGAAAGAGUGAGACGGAACCCAUGUGCAGUCCGACUGCAAGGCCACAUGUCUAUGACAGAAACAGUAGUCACAAGGUUUGCUCGAAGGCUUGAGAAAAAGUUUUAUUUUCCACUCUGGAUAAUCAAACACAUGACAUAUCCUAGUAAAGAAACUAUUGUGGGAAUUUAAAAAUAAAAGAGAUCUUUUAAAUGAUACAAUACCUUUCCUGAAAAGGAAAAAUUUGAAGACAAGUGCAUAUGUGAUAUUCUUCACUCCACAGAAGCAGUGCAUUCAUUACUGAUUGUAAAAAAGAAAAGUAGGAAAACUAAAAAUAAUUAGAUGUAGUAAAAGAAUUAAGACAGGAAUAGUUAAUAUUUUACUUAGGUUUUAGAGUUUUAUGGAUGAGAAGGAACAGUCAUGACAAAAUAAUUUGGGCAAACAUUUUGACUGAUGGAACAGAUAAACAUUCCUUUAGUACACUUGAAUUCUCGGUAGUAGUUAAUCACAAGAUUCCACCUACUACAGUCCAGUUGCCAUGGGUGUUUCAACAAUCAAACCAGAUGGGAGUAUCUGCAUUAUAUGUUUACUCCUUGCUUUCUGUUCUGUUUUGUUUGUUCGUGCUCGGAUUGACCCCUGAGCUUCAUACAUGCCAGGCAAGCACUUUACCACAGAGCCCCCAAUCGCGGAUAUUUUUAAAGUUACAGUUUAAUGUAUUAAAUACAUAAAGGUUGAUGCUAAAAUUAUGUACACUAGUUUUGAGUAGCCUGAGACUGACCUGGGCAUGUCUUUUAAGGAAUAUCUUGAGUACAAAAUCCAAACUGCUACAGUCUUCCUUCUUCACUUAGGUGAGAAUUUUUCCCUGCCAGCCCCCAGCUUUUUAAGUAAUUAUAAACGAUCAGCCAAAGAGAUCAUCAUAGUUUUAAAAGUUAUCUGUUUAAAAAAAAUCUACAAACCUCUAAAGUUUCUGAUAAAGGGACAUCAUGUUACAGCAUACAAUAAACUUUAAUUUAAAAUCAUAUUGUUACACUUUUCUAGUUAGUGGUAGGGGAACACCUAGUAUCUGUUUUCAGAACUAUUUUUUCAAAGGUAGAACUAUAUGAGGCUAUGAAUGGGGGUAUAUGAUGAAAUCAGAAGUGAUUACUACAAUAAAAGAGAUUGCAAUAGUUUACUUGAUCUUAACCAAAAGGCCAAGAAGCGAUAAGAUCUCAAUAUUUCAAAAUGAUUAGGUAAUUGUAGUUUCAGGAUCAUGUUAAAAUUGUGUCACAUGCUUUUGAACCAAUUUGCUGUAUGACAUUAAAACAUUUUUAUAUUAACCAAAAAAUUAAAUGAGUAUGGUUAACGAGAUCUUUUACACAAAAAUUGUGUGUAAGCAGCAUACCAUGUUGUACACCUGUAAUCCCCCAUCACUUUGGGAGUGUGAAAGAACAGCAAGUUUGAACCCAGCUUGGACAGCUUAGCAACUUAGGCAGACCCUGCCUCAAAAUCAAAAUUUCUGAAAUACGGCUGGGACUAUAAGUCAGUGCAAAGACUGGGUUCAGUCUGCAGUACCACAAAAGUUAAAUUGUGUGCAAUUUCUGUCUAGUUAAAUACCUUAAGACUUCAUAUUGCCUGUUUAUUUGAUUAUCAGACAGAUGGGGCCCCCAGCAGUUUUUCUGUGUAUCAUUUAUGUUUCCAGUAUAUCUGCAGCAAGAUUUUAUGCUAGAAGUUUCUUAGGUAGACAGUCAUGAUUUAGAGUCACAUCCAUCUAUGUGUGAAACACAGUUGUCAGCCAUCUCUAGACCGUGUAAUUGAGUUAUGAAGCAUGUUGAAGAAUUAGGAGCUCACAGAUCAGAUUGUAUAAUUUAGGGCACAAAUUAUAUAAUUAUGGUAAUUUGGUUUGGGGUUAUUUUACUUUAUAAACUAUGGCACCUAUACUAUGUAUAUCAAUUAUUCUAUAAAGUAGAUGAAAUUA